AAAGGCAAUUAAAAUUGAUAUAGGUACAUUUACACAUUUAGCAGGAAAUAACCACCGAAACAGUCGCUUACCUUAUGCGCCGAAAUUAACGAUGUAUUAUUAUUAUUUGUUUACUGUGCAGGUGUUAUUUGUGAAUGCGUUAGCCGAAGAGUUAACCUACAAAGCAGCAGUCAUGGAAUAUACGCCAAAGGAUGAUCACCUAACAAAGAAACAAAAUUUUAUGGAGAACAUGCAUGAAUACAUAAGAUACAUUCAGCAGGCUGCUUUUCAGGAUGUCCAAAUUUUGGUAUUUCCAGAAAUGGGUUUAACUGGUAGUAUCACGAAUUGGAGGGAGCUGCAGGACAUCAGCACUGAAAUACCAGAUCCGGAUCAAAAUGUUGUUCUCUGCUCCAAUAAUUUAGAUAAUGAAAGAUAUGCCCAGUUUCUGGUUGAUCUCUCAUGCAUUAUAUCAAGGCAGAGAAUCUACACUGUUAUCAAUUUAAUCGAAUCCAGGUUGGACAAUCACAGCAAGAAUAAGUUCUAUCACAACACUAAUAUUGUAUUCGACAAAAAUGGAGCGAUAAUCGCCAGGUAUCGCAAAAUCAAUUUAUUUAACGAACCAUACUUCGUCGCAGGGGAUGAGGAACAGACCGCUAUUUUUGCAACGGAUUUCGGUGUUACGUUCGGAAUGUUCAUUUCCGGAGACAUUUUAUAUCGACAUCCAAGUCAACAUGUAUUAGGCAAUCCAGCUGUAACGGAUAUAGUUUACUCCUCUUCUUGGAAAUCAGAGUUGCCCUUUUGGCAGUCAAACUCUCUCCAGCACGGAUACGCUAAAUCGAGCAAAGUUAAUUUACUGGCUUCGAGCCGUAACGAUCCGUCUGAGGGAUAUGGCGGAAGCGGAAUUUACUUAGCUAAUGGAAAGGUGGCCGAAACGUACUUGUCUGGGGAAAGAAAGUCUAAAAUUAUUAUUCAAAACGUUCCUAAAAGUGGAGAGAGAACUGAACAUUAUACGUCCUGUCAGGGGUCAAGUGCUACGACCACGCAAGGUGUUCACUUGGGAAUUGAAAGACAAUUACCUGACAUCAGCCUUUUUCGGACAACUCCAGUAGAUUUAUCGAAUUAUACAUUUAAAUCAAUAAAUCUACUCAAUAAGACGAUAUCUGAAACAAUAUGUAGCGGGGAAAGUAAAUUCUGCUGCAACUUUCAUAUGGUUGUCAGUAAGCACACGACUGUCUUCCAAAACUACAUUUACAAAUUAGUUGCCUUUUCUGGUGUGACAAAGUAUGGUACAUCAAAGACGGUAGGGGAACGCAUUUGUGGGCUCGUCGCCUGCUUGGAUGAAAGUAACCAAUCUUGUGGUGGAAGAAACUUGCUCUCACCUUCGGGUGUAAGUUUUGAAAGUAUAUCGAUUAAAGGGCAGUUUAAUCCAGACCACGCUCACUACCAGCCUUCAACUUUGAAGUUUGAUUUAACUCCUGCCACCGAUUACUUGUAUUGUACAGAGCAGAUUGCCCGUCACGAAAUAGAAGUUAGUUUAAUCACCACAAAACGACACGAUUCUUUGUUAACAUUUGGUAUACUCGGAAGGGUAUAUAUUAAUGAUAACACAUUCCCUGGUACUAUAAAUAAUUCUAACAUUAGCCGUAUCAAUGGUUUAGUCUUUAUAAUGACAGUUAUAUAUACUUAUUUGAGAUUAUAGUGAGAUUAUAGUAUAUACCCCAUUACAUACACCCGCCACGUGUCACGCAACUCAGGAUAUUUACCUACCUCUUAUAGGAAUAGAACGACUUUAUACAACUUGCCACAUUGUUAUGCCAGCCCGAUUCUUAAGUUCGUAGAGUUGAAAUUAGUUUGAAAAUAAAUUUAUUUCUCGUUUGACA